GCGCUUAGGUAAGGUGGCCUCCCGACGUCAGUCCGUGGCGUUCUUCCUGUUCGUCUAGUUCUAACACAAUUUGAUUUUGGUGAUUAGAAUGUGUAAUUAUCCUAUCUCAGUACAGAUUGACGCUUGCCCAAAACUGAGAGGCCAGGACGCAGAUCUUAUGUGACCUGGACAAGGCUCUCGACGGAAUUACCUCUUGGGAUCUGCCCAGCGGAGUUUCCGGAUUGGGUUCGCGGAUAUAAUAAAAGUCCAAAAUCUCAACGCAUUGCGCAAGUACUCUAGAUUCCACGAAACAUCGAGCACAGUCUGGAAAUUGAAAGAUGGAGUACGACCCGAAGAUUGCCCAGUCCAGCACGGGCGACAAGACUUCCUUUGGAUUCGUCAGUGCUAGGGAUCGGUGGCCGAUUAUCCUAACUGGCGCCAUUGAUGACAUCUACCGAGCAACAUCCGCCGCCACGGAGCGCGAGAAGCAGGAAGAAGGCAAGAAGAUUACCCGAGGACUGGCGGAGCUGAAGUAUGAAUUGCAACAUAAUUGCCGGAUGACGCCUCUGCCCGAUGAUGGCGCAGCCGAUAUUGCUGCAUACAACCGCGAACUCGAGCAGCGCGGGAACCCCCAGUGGUUCGGCGUGCCGUGGCUUUAUGCCGAAUGUUAUUUGUACAGACGCAUGCGCACCCUGUUCGCCCUCUCAACGCACUGGAAAUCCUACGACGUCUUCUCCAAGCAGAAAAUGUCCACCUUUCGAUCCUCUCGCAACGCCGUCCUCGAGCUCGCCACCAGGUACAACGACUUAAUACAGCAGCUGGACUCCAACCAAUCCGCGCUCGCCGCCGCCUCCGACGAAGACCGUUACAACGUAGAGCAAUCGUUAUUCGUCGAAAUGUGCGAAAUCUGCCUCUGGGGCAACGCCACGGACCUCUCCCUCCUUACGAACCUCUCCUACGAGGACAUCCAAAAACUCCAGGGCUCCAAGGCGCGUCGUGCGAACGAGAAGAACAUCAUCGUGAACGACUUCGCCGCCGCCUUUGCCUGCCUCAAGCAAGCGCAGAAGUCGGCACCGGCAAACGCCGAACGCAGAGUCGACAUCGUCCUCGACAACGCGGGCUUCGAACUCUUCGUCGAUCUCGUGCUCGCCGGGUAUCUCCUGCACUCCGGCCUGGCGACGUACGUCGUCUUCCACCCCAAGAACAUCCCGUGGUUCGUCUCCGACGUCCUACCCAAGGACUUCAGCGACUUGCUCAACGUGCUCCUGACCGCCAAGUCUUUCUACGAAACGCCGUCCGAGGAAGACACGGCCAACGACCGCACGCCACCCGCUCUCUCUGCAACGGACGAAGCGAGUCUCAAUCAACUAUUCGAGGACUGGAGCACGCUCUACGCAGAAGGCAAACUCAUCCUCCGACCCAACGCUUUCUGGACCGAAGCGGGCUCUUACUGGCGCCUGCCUCAAACCGCACCUGCCCUCUUCGCCGAUCUUAAAGAAGCCGAGCUCGUGAUUUACAAGGGUGAUUUGAAUUACCGCAAGUUGACGGCUGACGGGGUGUGGGAUGCUGCGACGCCGUUUCACAAGGCUAUUGGGCCGCUUGGCAAGGGGUCGGGGCUCAGGACGCUGGCGCUAAGGACGUGUAAGGCGGAUGUGGUGGUGGGGCUUCCGGAGGGGGAGGAUGAGAGGUUGAGGGGUUUGGAGGGCGGGGGAGGGGAUAGCGGGUGUAGGAAGUGGGCUUGGAGCGGGAAGUGGGCGGUGGUGCAGUUUUGCGAUGGCAAGGCUUGA